AUGUAUUUCUAUCCUAUCCGACUAUUUUGGUUUUUUCCGAAUUUUCACAUUGAAAAAUUACCGGGAUAUUCACCCAAAAUUGAAAAUCAAUUGAAAAUUUAUAAAAGUCUAACAGAACAAGAUGGAAAAUAUGAACAACGAUUUAAAGAGAAUUUUCCAAAAAUUAUAGAAACUAUUCAUAAUCUAGUACUGUUAAAUUCAGAAAUUAACAACAUAGAUGUGGCUUGGGGGUUUGUUGAUCUAAUUAUUCAACAUUUUUCAUUAAUAGCAAAUGAUAUUAAAGCAAUUGAAUCAAUUGUUCAUAUGUUAAUUGAUUUUUGUCAAAAAAUAUUUAAAUUAAACGUUGAUGAAAAAUGGAUGGAAAAGUUUAUGUAUUUGAUUUUGCGUCCAAUUGCUUACAAACUCAUAGAAAUUAAAUCAAAACAGCUUGCUAUAUUAUAUGUUGAUCUAAUUCUUUCAAUUCUUAAUUUACGUGUAGUAAAUGCGCCAGAAUGGGCCUGUCGUUUUUUGAAUAAACAGGAGUUUUAUCCAUGGAAAGAUAUAGCAUCAAAUAAAAUACCCGAACUGAUACAAUCAUGUUUGCAAUAUGAUACAUUUGAUAUUACAAAUUUAUCAGGUAAUGAUUGUGUACCUUUAAAACAGCUCGCAAGUAUAUUAGAUUUAUUAUAUGAAAGAAGUAAAACACAGACAAUAAUACUUAAAUAUAGUCAUCCAAUUGCUGUGGAAUACACAAUGAAAUGGAUAAAUCAAAUACCAGAUGAAUUAAAAACACAAGUUUUAUCAAUGGGCAGUAGUUUAUUAUAUUUAAUUGAUCGAUCACAAGUGGAUAUUGUAUCAUUGGGCAAACUAAUGGAUCUAUUUAAUAAAGUAGUGGAAAAUUACGAAAUAGAUUUAACAAAUGGCCCUUUAACUGCAUACUACAUUAGUUUUUCCUGUUGUAUAAGCGAUUGUUUAACAAAACAGAAAACAAUUCCACGAAUGCUUCAUCAAAAAUUAUCAAAAUUUUGUCGCACAACUAUUGAUCUAUCACUAAUAUUAGAAACUGGCAACAACACUUUCCCAUACUUUGCAUUAAAUAAUAUUUGGUAUCAAAGUGGAACAUCUACAGAAACAAUCGAUGAUGCAAAAUUAUAUGUAGAAUGUGCUGAUGUCAUGCACAAACGUAGUGAAGAAAUAGAAUCUUUAUAUUCCAUGUGGAAGACGUUUUGGCAGUCAAUAGUAAUGAAAUAUCCAGACUUAGCUAGUGAUCAUACUGAACAAUUUUUAAAUGAUUUUAUUGACCAUAAACAAAUGUCCAUGCUAAUGAUUCUUCAGGGGUUUGAAAUAAUAUUCAUUGAUAAAAUUUGA